AUGGUCAAACUCAGGGGGGAAAUAGUCGGCAUUAUCGGCACAGGCGCAAAUGCCAUCCAGAUUGUCCUGGACCUUGCAAAGUGGGCGGAUCACCUCUACGUUUUCCAGCGUACCGCCACCUUUGCAGGACCGCGCAACCAGCGGGAAACGACGCCUGCGGAGUGGGAGAAGGUGGCCUACAAGAAAGGCUGGCAAUACGAGAGACAGGACAACUUUCACCACUUCGUCACCAAUGACCCGGUUUCCGAGAACAUGGUGGACGAUGGUUGGACCCACUCGGAUUCCCAUUCGAUUGCCGGCUUCUUGGGAAGUGCUACGGCAACCAUCACCCAAGACACAGUCCAGAGCCAUAUCAGCUCUCUGUAUCAUCUAGAUGUUCCACGAGCCGAGCGUCUACGCGCCCAUGUAUCCAACGUCGUCAGUGACCCAGAAACUGCAAAGAAGUUACAGCCGUGUUUCGAUGCAUCAGGGGUGGUGGCAAACGGGACCUUGUACGAGCUGGAUGUCCUGGUCCUGGCUACUGGCUUUUACACCCGUGUCAAGAACAGAUCUCCCGAUACCGGAACAGAUGCUUCCAUCGUCGGACGGGACGGGGUCCAGAUUUCGGAAAAGUACUUUUCUCCAGACUAUGGAACUCUGUAUGGCGUCGCAACCAACGGAUUUCCUAACCUCUUCUGGACUGGUGCUUCGGGCGGUGCUGGGAUCUCAUACAACUUGACCUCAGCAUACGACGUAUUCUCCAGACUGAUUGCCUACGUGAUCGCCGAAGCUUACAGGGGGACCGAUAAUGCCGAAACUAUAUCCAUUGAGCCAACCAGAGACGCAGAGGCCCGCUACGGGGACGAAGUCCAGAAGCGUGCCUUGUGGUUCAGUGUCAUGGCUACAUGCACGCCCGGCUGGUUCAGCGGAGAAGGCGAUGGGGCACUUGAGGUUAAGACUGCGGAGCAGAAGAUUGCCCUCGCGCGUCGUGCACCAUGGGGUGCAGGUCCACUUGAUUACAAACGGAGGGUUUUAGAGUACAUUUCCAAGGGCAGCCUGGAUGGAUUCGAGGUAUGA